AGUCACACAGGGGUUAACACUUGAAGGUCUCAUUACAUCACAACUGAACAUAUCCAGCCGCUAUAUAACCAGCCGCUGCGAGGUGCCUGUUCAGUCCUGACAGUGACAUCUUAUCUCCAUCAGAAGUCAUCUUCACACCUUCGUCAUGAGGUUCUCAGUAAUGUCUGCGUUCCUCUUGGGAGUGAUGGGCGUGAGCCUCGCCUUGUACAUGCCCAACGAUAACUUCCUCAACAGACUAAACAAGGGCUGUGGAUGCUGUUGUUGUUGCGAAAAGAGUCCUAUAAUUUCGAUCCCUCCUCCCCGUGAUUUGGACGAUAAUAACCGACCAAACAAAGGCUGUGGAUGCUGUUGUUGUUGCGGAAAGAAUCCUAUAAAUACGAUCCCUUUUGCCCGUGAUUUUGACGAUAAUGACCGACCAAACAAAGGCUGUGGAUGCUGUUGUUGUUGCGAAAAGAAUCCUAUAAUUUCGACCCAUCCUUUCCGUGAUUUGGACGAUAAUAACCGACCAAACAAAGGCUGUGGAUGCUGUUGUUGUUGCGGAAAGAAUCCUAUAAAUACGAUCCCUUUUGCCCGUGAUUUUGACGAUAAUGACCGACCAAACAAAGGCUGUGGAUGCUGUUGUUGUUGCGAAAAGAAUCCUAUAAUUUCGACCCAUCCUUUCCGUGAUUUGGACGAUAAUAACCGACCAAACAAAGGCUGUGGAUGCUGUUGUUGUUGCGGAAAGAAUCCUAUAAAUACGAUCCCUUUUGCCCGUGAUUUUGACGAUAAUGACCGACCAAACAAAGGCUGUGGAUGCUGUUGUUGUUGCGAAAAGAAUCCUAUAAUUUCGACCCAUCCUUUCCGUGAUUUGGACGAUAAUAACCGACCAAACAAAGGCUGUGGAUGCUGUUGUUGUUGCGGAAAGAAUCCUAUAAAUACGAUCCCUUUUGCCCGUGAUUUUGACGAUAAUGACCGACCAAACAAAGGCUGUGGAUGCUGUUGUUGUUGCGAAAAGAAUCCUAUAAUUUCGACCCAUCCUUUCCGUGAUUUGGACGAUAAUAACCGACCAAACAAAGGCUGUGGAUGCUGUUGUUGUUGCAAAAAGAAUUGUAUAAAUACGAUCCCUUUUCCCCCUGAUUUUGACGAUAUUAACCGGUCCGGUAGAAGUUCUGAGCAUUAUGAAUAAACUACAAAGCCUCUUCAGGAUCUUGAUCGGAAAAGUGAGAAAGAGAAUGCAGCCAAAACACAACUUCGACAACCCGAAGUGGUCUGGCCAGAAUCUUCGUCCACUUUUAUCCACUUCGUUUUACCUGAUAAUCCUGUCCUGACUCGUUGACAGAAGAAAAUAAUUACAGCGUAUAAAAUUAAAAUUCUUUUGUGUCCUUUACUAAGUCGAGUAAACUAUUAUGUCCAUUAAAGCUAGAGUCUUUCACUGGAUGAGUAGAUAGAAGAGUGCAAACUGCUGUCACCUUUGAACUACUAUGCAUAAUAUAUUUACAAUGUAACUCUUGAUUUAUGAAUGAUAAAAAUUUGCUGCAAUAAAAAUAUCAACAAGCAUACAA